AUGAAGAACUACCUUUUGUACCUCGUGCUUCUCAUUGUAUCAUGUGAAUGUUACAUUAUACAUUUUAACAGAGGGGAAAAUGGACAUAAGAUUUUUAAAAGUUUGUUCAGUAAAAGAAAAAAAAAAACUUCGAAGGUGUUUAGGACUUACAUGAAACGGCUAAGAAAUGCAUCUGUUGAAAUUGAUGUGCAAAAUAGAAAAGAUUUAACGAAAAUCGAAAUUAUUAAAAUGUUUUUAAAAGGUGUAAAGGAAUGCAAAAAUGUAGAAUAUUUAAGGGAAAAAUUAAAAGGACACGUACCUCCAUCAACUAAACGAAAGUUAAUGAAGCAAAAAAGAAUGAUUAACCUAAGGGCUCAUAUAAAAAACGAAAGAAUCAGAAAGCAAGAGCAGGUUCCUCCAGGUAAAAAUAUUCUUAAUUUUCCAAAGAAUCAGUUAAAAAACAUAAACGCGGCUGUUUUAUAUUUCAGACAUUAUUUUGAGAAAUACGAAAAAAAUACAAGUUAA